AUGCGAUGCGCGAGCAAGGCCGCCGAGAGCGCGUCUGCACGUCUCUGUGCGGACGCCGAAGCAGAAACAACAGCAACUGAUGUCUCAUCGGUUGCUGAAGCGACCCAGCCUGUGUCACUUGGUGAUGCAGGCGCUGGUCAUGAAGACACUCGUGUCUUCACAGAGUACGAGCUCGGUGUCUCGUACUCUCCUGAUACGGAUGACGGAUCCGUAUCGACGGCGAUUGAAUCUAAGCCGCCUGCCAAGCGUGGCAUGGACGAUGCUUUGCGUCGCAGCAUCUUUGGUUCAUCUGACGAAUCAGAUGAACCAUCGCCAAAGCGAAGGCGCUCGAGGUCGCGAGACUCGGGCGCUAAUAGUGGUGUCGGUUCUCCUAUGGACACCACUUCACAGCGAGGUGCCAGUACUUCUGUCGGCACGUCGCAGGAAGAGCGGGACCGCAAUGUGUUGCGUCUCGCUCCUGAGAAGAAGGCUUGGAUGCCUCCAAAAUCUGUCAUGGAUCACUUGUCGGCGACGACGAGUGAUCGUUAUCGAACACGGUUGUUCGAUUCGUCAAGGAUCCAUCACCUUGACCCCAGCGCGAAAAACUAUCGCGCUGAACAUGAAUUCUUCAUCGAUGCUUUCUUUAGACAUCGAUGGUACAGUGGGAAUCACAAACGUGAUGGUCCCUCACUACUUCAGGCGUGGAACGCCUACAUCCAUAACCUUGAGGAUGUAGGUCGUGACGCUUGGAACGACAAACUUAUCAAAGCUCGUGAUAAGUUUGAAAAGCGAACCCCGACAGGUGCACGCUACAAGCUGCAUCGUCUGUCAAGGGAGAAAGGAUUACCCUUCCUCUCUUGGGGAGACUCGUGCCCGUGUUGUGUGAACAGCUCUGCACGAGCACCUAAGGAGGCUUACCUCCUUAAUAGCCCGUGGUGGCGCGUACGUAUCUCUAUUGAGAUGUACGAAGGGAUAGAAAACUUGAAAUCCCUUUACGACCGUGCCGGGAAGACUUUCUCCGGCGGUCCUUCUGCGGCACAGGAUGUGCCGCGUCGUACUGCUCAACCAGACCGAUUACGUCGAUCAUCAGUUGGGAGCGGGGCUCCCUAG